AUGGACGGACCCGCCAGACCAAGGCUGGCCUCUCCCAGUGAAUUUCAGUUUGGAGCUGUUGCUACGGAGACGAUCGAAGACGCUCUGCUCCACUUGGCCCAGCAGAAUGAGCAGGCAGUGCAGGAGUCUGCGGGAUGGAUGGGCAGCUUCAGGGAGACCCGGAUCGUGGAGUUUGUUUUUCUCCUGUCUGAACAAUGGUGUCUGGAGAAAUCUGUGAGCUACCAGGCUGUAGAAAUCCUAGAAAGGUUUAUGGUUAAGCAGGCAGAGAGUAUCUGCAGACGAGCCAGAAUCCAGCGGAGAGAUAAGACCGAAGCUCGGGAUUGGAGGGCUCUGAAAGAGCAGCUUUUCAACAAGUUUAUCCUGCGUCUUGUGUCAUGUGUUCAGCUGGCAAGCAAACUUUCUUUCCACUACAAAAUCAUCAGCAACAUCACGGUCCUGAAUUUCCUCCAGGCCCUAGGGUAUCUGCACACUAAAGAGGAGCUGCUGGAGUCGGAGCUGGAUGUUUUGAAGUCCCUGAACUUCCAAAUCAAUCUGCCUACCCCGCUGGCGUAUGUGGAGAUGCUCCUGGAGGUUCUAGGAUACAACGGCUGCCUGGUCCCAGCCACGCAGCUGCAUGCCACCUGCCUGACCCUGCUGGACCUGGUCUAUCUUCUGCACGAACCCGUGUAUGAGAGUCUGCUGAGGGCCUCGAUCGAGAACUCCACACCCAGUCAGCUGCAAGGGGAGAAGUUCGUUUCCGUGAAGGAGGACUUCAUGCUACUGGCAGUAGGCGUCAUCGCAGCAAGCGCGUUCAUCCAAAACCACGGGUGUUGGAGCCAGGUGGUGGGGCAUCUGCAGAGCAUCACUGGCAUCGCCCUGGAGAGCAUCACCGCCUUCUCUUACGCAAUCCUGACCCACAGCGUGGGAGCCAGCACGCCGGGGCGACCGCGGCCCAUGCCUCCCCACCUGGUGGCCAGAGCCCCGAGGGCCGCCGCUUCCUCUAACACGUGAGACAGACGCAAUCUGCCCAACACAAACGCCCUCCCGUCACCGCACUCAUCUCUCCCUUUGUUGACUUUAAUGCUCAGGGCACAAAAGUUUCAAGUAUCUUUUGAACCGUUUUGUAUUCCAACUUUAUGCUUAUUUUUCUGCAUUGCAGAGUUAAGGUGGACAAGCAUGCCCUUUUUGUCGUAUCAGACUGAAAACAUAAAAAGCUGGGAGAGAGAGAAAUAUUAGUGAAGUUGACUCACUUUUAUUUAACAAGAUAUUUAUGCCUUUUCUUUAAUUGUACAUUUCAUUACGAGAGAACACAGACAUGAAGACUAGUGUUAACCAGGGGCUCAAAAACUGAGACCAUCUGGGUGACCUUGACUGAGCAAGAAGGCAGUCUCCACUUCCCGUAGUUUAUCAUCUCUGUUCUGUUACGGAGAUCUACACAAACAGGGCUUUCUCCACAGUUAUUUCCACUGGUCUUUUUUUUUAAGACUUUAUUUAUUUUUAGAAAGAAGGGAAGCAGGUGGAGAGGGAGAGAAACAGUGAUGUGAGACAGACACAUCCAUCGGUUGCCUCUCAACCAGGGACUGACCCCGCAAACCAGGCCCGUGCCCCGACUGGGAAUCCGACCAGCAACCUUUCGCCUUGCGGGCCGCCGCCCCACCAGGCCACGCCAGUCAGGGCCCCGUUAGUGUUUAUAAAAAGUAACACUAACCCAUUUCAACAGAAUUUCCACAUACCUGCCCUUGAGAGCUCAGUUCUCCCAAAAUACAAAGCACUCUCUUUUAGUUCAGGAAAAACCCAACAGUGCGCCUUGGGCAGUUAUCAGACUGCGGCAAAUCUUUUAUUACGAAUAAUUAAAUCUCUGCACAAUGGCCCGAACGGGAUCAGACACCAUUGCAUACCGCCAACACGGAGCGGAGCAGGCAUUCGGCACCAGCACCACCGAGGGAGACGUGUUGGAUUUCAGGCUCCUGAUCACAUCACGUGGCGACCAAAGCUUGUGUGCCCUUUUCUCACGUUAUCCAACCGUGCGUCUCGCACAUCCCGUCGUCUCAGUGGAGACAAAAGUUCCUAUUUAAUGUUGUUUAAGUGCAGGAAGUUGAGAGAGAUCAAAUCCACUGAAAAACACAUCAAUCUCAAUUCAACUCAGUUGAAAAAAAAAAAAACAAAAACAA